AUGACGAAAUUACAAUUUUUUACGAAGAAAAAAGUUGAAGAGGAUUCCAAAAAAAAGUCUUUUCGACGAUUAGCAAAUGCCUAUUUUAUAUGUCUUCAGCUUAUUCCACAAAUCAGUUCUCUAGCUCCAAUAACAACAAUAUCACCACUUGUAUUUGUCUUAGCCUUAACUGCAAUUAAAGAUGCUACUGAUGAUAUUGUUAGACAUCGCAGUGAUCGUCAUGUGAAUAACCGUGAAAUAAAAACCGUUGUUGGCGAUAUCGUACAAUUAACCAAUAGCGACUUAACUGCUAUAUAUUGUUUUGAUAUCAACUAG